CCUAGCAGCCGGUGCUCUCGCUAAGUAUUUUGACAGAAUAAACGUAUCAUGUGGAUAUUGUGUUGAUACUUACUCAUGCACUUAUCGCAUGUUAGAAUGAGACUCCGCGACGUAUAUGUGCAUGCUUCGGUUCCGAGCAUGUGAUCAAGGGUCCGAUCUUAAUGCAAAUGAUUGUGCUCGCGGACCCUCCCGGAUCUCGUUCCUCCUAGACCACUGAAGUCUCGUCCUGAGCCUGACAUGACGACCCCACUUCCACUUUUCGUGCCUCCCGACGCUGGCUCAUCGCAUUGCGUUGCAUUCCUGAAGAAAAUCAACGAGAAGUACGGACUCGCGUUAGUUUCGUACUUUGACCUCUACAGAUGGUCGGUUGACCACAUCGAUUUAUUCUGGGAUUCUGUAUGGGACGACGUCGGUAUUGUCGGCUACAAAGGGCAAGACGUUGUCGAUAAUAACACCGUUCCGGCGAAAAACCCACCAUGGUUCAGCGAAGCUUGGAUUAAUUGGGCCGAGAAUAUGUUGACAUGUCGCUCGGCAGAUAAAUUCGCGCUUAUACAAGCAAGUAAGUAUGUUAAUAAACCAUUCGGUAGUUUGCCUGAUAAUCAUGACUAAUUAGCUGAGCCCACCCCCGAGUGCCCAAAUCCUCCUCAUCAGCGCGUUACAUAUGCCGACCUCUACGCGAUGGUUGCUGACUUGGUUUCAGCCUUGCUAAUGCUCAACCUGAAACCUGGUGAUCGAGUGGCUUCGUACUCCUCGAAUUGUAUUGAGAAUGUUGUUGCUUGUCUCGCCACCACUGCCAUAGG